ACCCUACGUAUAAAAUUUAGGAAAAUAUAUAGCACUCUUAGUCCUUGUGGCAAUUAGACAGAUUGAAUAAGUCUGGUGUCUGUUGGUAACAUGCUUUCAUAAUCAUGUCGAAACUAUACCUAAAAGCCAAUAUUAAAUCUUAAGUUUCAAACACUGCCGCUAUUAUUUUCGCUCUUGUUUCCAUCUUUUUAAUUUUUCUUACAUUGGUGUAAAGUAUAUUAACCUAGAUUUGUGCCUAUUUAUAUGGUUUUUUGCAGAUUCAUUGUCCUAAGCAUUUAUUUAUUUGUCAUGUACUUAUAGAUUGCGUACUAUCUGAAUGUCCAGGUGUUUUGCAUUUCAUAAUGUAUAUAAAGUCGUUGGUUAUUGAUGGCUUCAAAUCCUAUUGUCAGAGAACGGAAAUCGAUGGAUUUGAUCCACAGUUCAAUGCGAUUACCGGUCUAAAUGGCUCCGGAAAGUCAAAUAUAUUAGAUGCUAUAUGCUUCUUACUUGGAAUAACAAAUCUAUCGCAUGUAUGGGCAGCAAACCUACAUGAUUUGGUUUACAAAUGUGGUCAAGCAGGAAUAAACAAGGCUACCGUAAGCGCAGUAUUUGACAAUAUGGAUAAGUCACAAUCCCCAUAUGGUUAUGAGCAGUUUGAUGAGCUUACAAUCACAAAGCAGAUUGUCGUUGGAGGCAGAAAUAAAUAUCUGAUUAACGGAACAAACGCAACCACCACAAGGGUUCAUGAUUUAUUUCACUCAGUGCAACUUAAUGUUAAUAAUCCUCACUUUCUAAUUAUGCAAGGUAGGAUUACAAAAAUUUUAAAUAUGAAACCACCGGAGAUCCUAUCAUUAUUAGAAGAAGCAGCAAGCACCAAACUAUAUGAAAAUAAAAAGGAAACAGCACUUAAAACUAUUGAAAAGAAAGGUAGUAAAUUAAGAGAAAUAGAUAGAGUGAGCUUUUUUUUACUUACUACUUUGUCGCUUUUUAUAGAUUCUUACUGAAGAUAUUAACCCUACUAUCAAGAAAUUACGUGAAGAACGGAGCAGUUAUUUAGAGUAUCAGAAAGUUGUACGUGAAAUUAAUCAUCUGGAGAAGUUUAUUGUCGCUUAUGACUAUAUUUGUUUAGAGGAAGCUAAAAAACGAACAAAAGGAGAUUUAAUUACACUUGAACGUUCGUUGGAUGAGCAAAAAAAGAAUAUGGAAGAACUUCGGAAGUCAAAAGAAAUUAUAGAAAGUCGUAUUGCUGAACUUUGCAAACAAAGAGAUGAGCAUCAAGUAACAGCGCUUGAAGAAUUAAAAUCUACAAUGUCUGCAUGUCAAAAAACAGAAGCAGUUGCUAAGGGGGCUUCUCAAAGAGCGUCUGAAUCUCUUCGGACCGCCAAACAGCGUGUUAAGUCCAUGGAGUCACAGUGUAUGGAGCUUGAUGAGCAGUUGUCUUCUAAACAUAAAGCAGCGGAAGCUGCUGCUGGUAUUGAGUACCAGUCCGUCCUAGCACAGUCAGAAGAAGCCAAAGUUAAAUUUGAAGCGGCUCAAAAGCAUUUACAGGGCAGUAAAAUCCGGUCUUUCCAAUGGAGAAAAUGAUGUUGCAGCCAGCCUUGCUGAAUAGGUUAGAGUUGCAGAUGGUGAGAAGUGCUCCGCACAAACUGAACUUUCUCAACUGAAAAUGUGUCAGAAACAUCUACAAAAUGAGCUUGCUAAACAAGAAGCCAUUGUCGUUAAGACUUUCGGACAUGGGUCAAUAGACGGAGAAUCUAAAGAAGAAAUGAAACAAAAGGAACUUACUGUACAUAUUGACGAAUUAACUAAGAAAUUGACACGAGCUGAGGCGGAUGAUAGGUCUGUUGGUAGCGAAUCUAUGUUAAGUGAGAAGCAGCUUGGCUUAGUUAAGGAAGCAAGGGAGUUACGUCAUCAAGCUUCAAAGUUAUCAUCUCAAUUCCCUCAACUUGUGUUUGAUUAUACUGAUCCAGAGCCAAAUUUUGAUAGACGUCGUGUUCUCGGACCUGUUGCGAAAUUGUUUCGUGUCAAAGAUUUAAAAUAUGCGAUUGCUCUAGAAGUGAUAGCUGGAAAUAAGUUACAGAACAUCGUUGUAGACACAGAAGUCACUGGUAAAAUUUCAUUAGAACGUGGUCAAAUUCGUCGACGUGUCACUAUGCUUCCGUUAACUCAAAUACGUGGAAAUCCCAUAUCAGAUGGUGUUAUUAAAAAUGCCCAGUCAUUAGUUGGUGCAUCAAAUGUUGUCACUGCUCUUUCAUUAAUUGAAUAUGAUAAUAUGCUCAAACCAGUUAUGGAAUAUGUAUUCGGUAGUGUAUUAAUAUGUCCAGAUAUGGAAAUAGCUAGGCGUGUUGCAUUUCACCCUGGUAUUGAAAAGAAAACAAUAACAUUAGAAGGUGAUGUAUUUGAUCCUCAGGGCACACUGUCCGGUGGAAGUCGGGGAACUGCUUCGGAUAGUUUAUUAUCUCGUAUAUUUAAGUGGCGUGAUCUUGAGGUUGCGGCUCAAAAGCUGAAGAAAAUGUCACUCAAGGUGAAGCAAAUGUCAGAGCAGCUUAAUUACGAUCCCAAAAUAUUAGUCAUCUUCGAGAAGCGUUAGAUAAUGCUCGCCAUCAAUUAGAACUUUUAGAGACUCAAAUAAGGCAGACAGAUAAACAUCGAUUACGUGCAGACUUGGCAGCUACUAGAACUGAAUUAAGUGAGUUUUCAUCGUUUCAGUGGUAAUCUAAAUACUACUGACAUCUGAUACAUGUUUUCUUCAAGGAAAUUUUUAUUUCGUUCAUAAGUUAGGAUAUGAGAUAUAAGAGCAUGUUGGUUGUUCCAUUAUGUAAUACCACACCUGUUUUUGUUCAGUUUAUGAUAUUUUAUACUGUGCACUGUGAUACAAGUAUGAUCUAUUUGGUUCUCUGUAGUGUGAUCCAGUGAGCUCCACGUAGCUUUGUGUAUGCGUUUGUGUGGGAAUAUUGUGCCACCUAUAACCAAUUUGUUGAAUGCACAUAGGUUUGCAAAUCUCUCACCAUUCUCGUUCCUUUCUCCUAGUUCAUGUCGUCCUACGAUAUCUUCAUAUCCCGUGUUGUCCAUUCCGACUGUGGCGUUUAGGUCUCCCAUCACGAUUGUGAGAUCCUUUCUUGGGCACUCCGCUAUGAUUGAUUGCAACCUCUCAUAGAACUUAUCCUUAUUGUCGUUGUUGCUAUCAUUAGUGGGUGCAUCAUACUGGAUGGCGUUCAUCGUGAUUCCCUCCUUCUUUGUUUUGAAAGAUACCAUCAUUGGAAUCAUGUUCGUUUUUAUGAAUUUUCUCUAUUCCAUCGUUGAAAUCCAUUAGGUAGCGUUUAUUUCUAGGAGAAUUAAUUUAAUAGAUGUGCACUUUUUGACUUACAUAAAUCUAUUCGUUUUGUGUAGAACAAGUCGAAGAUUCUCUACAAAACGCUGAACAACGUCUUACUCAAGCAUCUUUAAAAGCUAAGUUAGCUCAUGAGAAAGCAGCAAACGCCGUAGCUGAAUUUAAAAAGAAGAACAGGAAGCUGAAAAUGCACUUUCAGAAGCUAAAGUUCAACUGGAAUCCACGGUUAGUGCUUUAAGGGAGAAGAAUUCUCUAAAAGAAACUUUACGCUUAGAAGCUGAAGAACUGUCGAAAGAACUAAAUACUUUAAAGCUGUCUCUUGAAGAAGCAAUUCAAGCUGUAGGAGAUGCACAGGCAGAAGAAGAACGUUGUAUUGAUGCAUCACGAUUAGCUAAAGAAGCUUUAAUUAAAGCACGUGAAGCUGUUAAUAAACAACGAGGAUUAAUUGAUGAAACUGUUCGUGCAUUGACAUCUGCAGAGAAAGAAGCUGGUCAAUUAGUUCAAUCGUUGAAUCAAACAAACAGUCAAGUGGAUAAACUUUCUCAUCAAAUUGAAAUGCAAACUAAGGAAAGUGAAGAAGCCGAUAUCAAGAUGGAACGACUCUUAGAAGCAUAUCCGUGGAUUCAUGAAGAAAAACAAAAUUUUGGUGUUGAAAAUGGCCCAUAUUGUUUUACUUCACGUGAUCCCAUUGAAACACGUCGACGAAUUCAUUCACUGAAACAACGUUUUGAUCGUCUUGGUCGAACUGUAAAUAUGCGUGCGAUGAAUAUGCUUGGUAAUGAUGAAAAACAAUAUUCUGAAUUGAUUAGACGUCAAGAAAUUGUUUUAGCUGAUAAACGUAAAAUUCAAGCAGUUAUUGACGAUUUAGAUAAACGAAAAGAAGAAGUCUUAAUAAGUGCACAUAAUAAAGUCAAUGAGGAAUUCUGUAACAUUUUCGGAACUCUGUUGCCAGGAUGUAAAGCACGUUUAUUUCCCCCGGAAGGUAUGAGUGUUCUUGAUGGAUUAGAAAUUAAAGUUGCAUUUGGUGAUGUUUGGAAAGAAUCACUUGGAGAAUUAAGUGGUGGUCAAAGGUAUCAAUUUAUUUUUAGUCACAUUGAUAUUUUGGGAAAUAUUAACUAAUAUUUAAUUUUCCAGAUAUUCGGAUUUUUCCUCACUGUUUCUGAAUUCCAUCAGAAUUCCGAAAUGUUUUUAUCGAUCAACCUACUGUUACCAUCAUUUGUCUUUUUGAAGUCCAAUGUGUUGCUCUUUACAUACGCCAUUAUCCCCCUGAUUCUGUUGGGAUUAUGAUUGGUCUCUGAUUUCCUUCCUGUUCUCUUCGUUUCA